AAAAAAAAGGAGAAACAAAUCUGCAGAAUAUAAUUCUGGUUCAGUGGAGACCAAAAACGUUAUUGGUCCUUGUAAGAGAACAUUACUACUCCAGAUGGAAUCAUGGAAUCUGCACUGAACCACUGAGCACUUUCAGUAUGGAGUGAGCUCAUCUUGUGUUCCAUAGUUUCUGCUUCAGGAGGGCACAACGGCAGGCACCAUGCCAUACCACGACGAAGAGUACCCUGGCCAGUCUCUCUGCCAGUCUGUGGUGCUCUUCUGCUGCAAGGGGAUGAUCGAAGUCAUCAUGGUCCUACUCUUCUUCUGGCUGCUCAUCCAGGUGUUGUUCACCAAACAACUAGAAGUUCACCUUCAGGUUCUCCUUAUCGUUGGCCUGGUGGUGUUCUGCCUCUGUCUGAUCCUGGGCUGUGUCCUGUGCAUGAGGAUGAGUGAAGUUUGGCCCCACCAAGAUAAAGAGCUUGUGACAGCAGUCCUGGUUGAGCCGGUCGCCUUUCCGACGGCGACCGCCGCGGUCCGGGAGCAGUACGAGGAUCUGGACGUGGACGUCCAGGAGUUCCCCUCCACCUUCAGCAGCCCGACGGCCUCCAACGACAACUUCAUCAGCACGCCCUACUCCCCCCGCUCUCCAGCCUCGGAGAUCAAGGAACACCCCAAGUCUUACUCCCCCCUGCGGCGCCUCAGCACCCCCUGCCUCUCCUCCCCCGUCUACAGACCCAUGACCCAGGGCCGGGCCUCCUUCGGCUCCCUCCCCAGGCUCGGGGUGCUGUCGAGGACGCGCAGGGCGCCGGAGCGCCGCUGCAGCGCGACGGGGCAUCACGCUCGCGACGGCUCUCCGUACAGCGAGCGCAGCAGACUCACCAGCACCUGUUCUUCCUCCGUGCCUGAGGGGCCCAUCCCCCUGGCCACGCUGCACUACGGGUCCAGCUGCAGGCAGCCAGGCCCCAGCCUGGACUUCAGUAUGGCCUUCUCUCCAGAGCACGGCACCCUCACUGUCAGUGUGCUGGGCAUCACCCGGGCCUCCCACAGGCUGGAGGAGGUGUCUGUGCUGGGUAGCCUGGCCCCUAUGUGCCCCUGCCCGGUGCAGGCCGCGGUCCGGCCCAGCCUCAGCAGGGAGCUCUACGCCCUGGGUCUGGUGCUGAACGUGGGCUGUGUGGAGGAGCUCCAGCGCUGCGUGCUCAGGCUGGCCGUGUACACGCGCCAUCCCCCCAGUGUGAGGGGCUCCCCUCUGGGGGAACUGGAGGUGCAGUGCGGGGGGAAGAACUGGCAUCCAGAUCGUCCCCUGCAUGUCACUGAGGAGCUUAGUCCAAACAAGUGGAAGCUUAAAAAGAGCCUGACCUCCCAGGAUGCAUCGACAGGCCGAGGAGGAAGCAGCACGCCACAGCCCCUCGGUCAACUCUUCAUUCUGCUCCAGUACCAAACUCUAGGCCACCGCAUCAAGGCCAUGGUGCUGAGAGCUGACAACCUCGUCAAGCUCACACAUGGCUCACUAUCACCAGACUACCAGGUGGUCGUGAACCUGCGCCAGGAGGGAGUUGUGAUUAGCACAAGGGAGACUAAGGGGGUAGGUGGGGCAAACACAGUGUGGAACUCCCCUUUCCUGUUCGAGCUGCCUCCUGGAGAUGUCAAUCAACUUCCUCUCCAGUUGGAAUUCAUUGUCACGCAGAACCAAACCCAUUCAAAGAGCACGGUGCUUGGACGCGUCCUGAUUGGUCCUGAGGCCUCCGAGGGAGGUCGAAGCCACUGGAGGGACAUGUGCAGCCAGGGACAGGUGGAGAGGGCACGGUGGCACACCGUCCAACCGGAGGUGACUGACUCCGGCAGCCAAUCAGGCCCCAGUACUCUAAAUUUGAAACCAACUGGGAUCUGAUGAAAGGAAUUAUAUUCUCUUGUGAGUCUGGUUGACUCCUCCACAUGUAUCUCUGUACACAAAUACAUGUAUUAUCGGCUUUGAUCUGUAAUAAACCAU